UUGUAGAUGGGAUGUGCUGCCGACCCAUUAAGACCAGGCUUUUGAGCAUGUUGUGGAAAGAGGAUACAUUCUGACUCCAGUUGGCAAAAAUCCGACCGGAGCCAAACAACAGCGUCACAGCCAUGGAGCCAUUUGUUGCAGUUUGAAUUUAUGCAAUGAAAGAAGUGGAAAAUAAAAAUGCAUAAACACGAAUCUCUACUGAAGAGCACUGAAGCACAGCAAGUUGUCACUGUCACAAAAACAUCUGUGUCCUUUGCAAUAACCAGCAUCAUAAUUUGUUUUAUUACGCUUCACUUCUGUCCGAGUCAACUCAGAGCACAGCUCGGGACAACCCCCAACAUUAAACACAUUGUGGUUGGGAGGUGUUACACUUACACCACACUAGUUAACCCCAGCUUAAGGUAUGACUGUGAGGAGAUCUGGAGGCAGUUUGAGGAGGCCGUUGUCAGUCAUUCUUCUUGCAAUGUGACCGUCGAGGAUUAUUUUCACAUGUUUAACGCAAUGCCACAAAUCUGGCCCUGUGAUAAUUUCCUCUUCUGGAGCAAAACCAGGACACUGAUGCACAGCUAUGCUGCAGUUUUUCGUCACUUCUGGACACUGGAAGACACGCUGGUUGGCUACAUGUUCAACGAUCUCAUCUGGUGUGGCCAAGAAGAGGAUUCUGGUUUUGAUUUCAGCUCUUGUCCGGAGUGGUCGGCCUGUCGAAGUCAUCCGGUCUAUUCCCUGUGGAGGCAAGCUUCACAAAAUUUUGCAGAGAUGGCGUGUGGCAACAUUACUAUCUUACUGAAUGGAUCUAUUGUUAAUGCCUUCAAUAGGAAAAGCAUGUUUGGAAGUGUUGAACUGGACAGUCUGGAUCCACAAAGGGUGAAUUAUGUCAACAUUAAGGUGGUGACCAGUCUAGACGGACCCCAUAUAGAGUCAUGUAGUCAAGGAUCCAUUGUAGACCUGAUCCAAAUCCUCCGAUCCAGAGGCUUUCACUGGACCUGUACAGACAAUGACCAGACCUUGAUGAUCUUGCAAUGCAUCCGAAACCCGCAACACUCAUCCUGCCAGACCUGUGCAAACACUUUGUUAAACAGAAACGGCCUUACGUCUAAUUAAAUCACAGACUGCUGUAAAAUCUAUAUCUUUCAAAGUAAAUCCAGAGUGCAAAACAAGGAACAAUGAAUACUGUAAACACUGUCAUUCUUAGAUAAUACAGGCUUCUCAAAAAUCUAACUUGAAUAAAAUGCAAUGUGCAUGUGUGUCUUUUGCGUACCCACUACACUUCACUGAUCCCCACAAAUCUGCAAGCAAAAUGCAGCUGAAACAGGUGCUUCUCAACAGUACUGCUGUGACUUCAUUAGAAACGUUUGUACAUUUGUAGAAUUAAAAGCUGCGAAUUAAUCACAGCAUUGCUGACUGUGCUCCAGUCCUCUGAACUGUACUGAUGCCACUUAAUUAGCAGGGUUAGUGUGCUUUCUGAAGACAAGAUUUCCUGUUUUACUGUCAGGGUGGUGUUAAUUUAACUGAAAACUAGAGCUCUGUCUUAAAACAAGACACAUGAUGAUGACCUGUAUGUGGCCAGAUAUUCACAGCAUAGAAAAAAAAAAGCAUAUUUGAUUUAACUGGGUCCAAUAACCUCUUUUUUGACACAGGGUGCCUCAGCAUUGUAA